AUGGGAAAGCCAUCGACAUUGUCAAGAGGUGGCAAGGGCGGGCGCGGAGGAGCUGGAGGAGCUGGAGGAGCUGGUAGAGGCCGAGGGCGUGGUGGUCGAGGUGGUCGAGGUGGAGGGCGUAGCUUGGUAGAUCGGUACACAUCCGCAUUCGAAACCGACAGCUGGAGGCCGGACAGCGCAAUUGACAAGCCCAGACGAAGAGGGAGUGACAAAGAAAACGCCGACAGCGAUGACGCUGAAAACGAUGAAAGCGACAGCGAUCAAGAGGAUGUGGGGGCCGAGCGAUUACCGAGGCGACGAGGUGCGAUCGAGUCUAGCGACGGAGAGCAGGAUGACACGAGCGAAGGAGAGGACAGCGAGGACAACUCGGUGGAUGGUGGCAGCGAUGUGGAAUCGAUCGACGUGCCCGUGGCGAUGUGGGACUUCAACCACUGCGACCCAAAACGCUGCUCAGGCAAGAAGCUUUCACGAUUAGGCCUCAUCCAGGAGUUGCGUGUCGGACAAAAGUUUCGCGGCAUCGUGCUCACGCCGAACGCCACACAGACGCUGUCACCCGCCGAUGCCCAUAUUAUUGCGGACAACGGAGUGGCGGUAGUGGAAUGCAGCUGGGCGCGGUUGGACGAGGUGCCGUUUGGCAAGCUCAAGAGUCCAAACGAACGACUGCUUCCUCAUAUGAUCGCCACGAACCCGGUCAACUAUGGAAAGCCGAUGAAGCUCAACUGCGUCGAAGCACUCGCAGCCGCUUUCUACGUGUGCUCGAUGCCAGCGCAGGGAAGGCUACUGUUGUCUAAAUUUGGGUGGGGCGAGCACUUUCCCAAGAUCAAUGCGAGGUGGAUCCGAGCGUAUCGCGAGUGCAAGGACGCGCGAGAGGUGAACGAGCUGAGCCGCAAGAUGAUAGAAGAAGAUCGAUUGGAAAAGGAGGAGCUCAAGAAACGAUUCGACGAGGCAGGCGGUAUUCAGGGCACACUCGAUCGAAUCGCCGACGAGGCGGCUGCUGACGACGACCACUACCUUGACAGCCAAGAUGAGCGCGAGGCCGAGGAGCGAGCGCUGGAGCAAGACUUUUCCAAGAUCGUGCGUGUUACCGAUCCGUCUGCCGCCGGCUAA